AUGUCUGCUUCUUCUUCAAGCGAAAACUCUUCCAUUGAAAAUUGUGGGUGUGGAGUUCCCUUUGCAAGAUGGGUAUCAUGGACCAAGGAAAAUCCUGGAAGAAGGUUUAAUACUUGCAUUUUUUUCAAUCCUGAUACAAAAUCGAGGGGUUGUAAAAAGUUUAAAUGGGUUGAUGAACCUGAAAUGGCUGUAUGGCAAAGAAAACUCACUAACAAGCUUGUGGAGGAAAAGCGUCAAUUGGCAACCGAAAUCAAGAUCUUGACAUCAAGGAUAUGUUGCUUGGAACACGAAAAUGAACAAGCUCUUUCAGAAAUUAAAAUGUUGAAGAAGAAAUGGUAUUGUUCUGUGCUUCCUUUGUUUGAUGUGGUGCUGUGUAUGUUUGUUGUGGUGCUAUGGUGCUGUGUGUUUGGUGAUGAAUGA